UCUGCGAGCGAAACGAGCGUACGGCAGCAGCGGCGAUAUAAUACGGUGUCGCACGACCAUAGCAGCCUAGGGAGAAGACUAGAUACAAGCAGACGACAUCUAGGGAAAGGCACCGCCCUCUAUAAUGUGGGAGGCGGAGCAUAAGCGCUGCGCCGGUGUGUGUGGGUUUCAUCUUUUUUUUUCGUGAGUGCGGUGUGACUCGACGUUCAGUGACAACAGCCAGUUCGUGGUUUCAAGUUGUGGAACUUUGAGGACGCGGGUUUUGUGUGGUUCAGUGGAUUUUGUGAAGCAGAUUGAACAGCUGGAUGUGCCCGAGAUACAUCGAUGGAAAGAUGACGGCUGUUUGGAUUAUCUGGAACGCGGCAUGCGAGCGCCUUUGUCGAGGAUUAUCCGUCAGAAGAUAAAUGAUUUGAUUGACAGCACAACGAAACAACAACAAUCCUUGCCACUAGUGCAGCAGAUGGGCCCCGAAGUUUUGUACUCACCCUCCAGAUGAUGAUGAUGAUACUCAUCCGAUGAUGCCAGAUAGAACCAACCGGGACGUGCGAGACAGAUAACAGAGAACGGAACAUCUCGAGGAAGAAGUGAAGUACAGGAGGAUGUUUCAAAAUCUGGCGAUGCACAUCCCUUCGUAUCAGGACGCAACGGGUGGGAGCUCUUCUCCUUUUAUGCAUCCAGGACCACCAGUCUACGUACCAGGAUCGAGACCUCUCAUGCCCCUACCUCAUCAGUACAUGCACCACCACCAGGUGACAUCCCUCGGUGGCCCCUCCUCAGCGUCGACAGGAUCACCCCCCAUUCCCAUCUCAUCCUCCUCAGCAGCCACCUCUUCCAACAGCACGAGUGCGUCGUCCGUAUGCGCGACUGGAUCGUCGAGGAGUACGCAUCAUCACCAUAGCAGCCACCUAGGUGGCGUAUGGAACCAGGCUGUGCGAUCUAGCGACAGCAGUCCUUACUCUAAUCCCACCCCAGCACAUGGGGCACUGAGUCACCAUGGUCGCUUUUCGUUCCAGGCACCCCUCUCUCACAUUCCACAGAACCACACGAGCAUGUCGGGUGUGGGCUCCUGCCGAGAUUCGUCAUCACCGUACCUGAGCAGGUCUAACGGCCUUGGGUCGUAUGCUGGGUACAUGGGAGACAACGUCGGGCCCUGGGUUGGCGUCGACACCAGCAGCCUUUCACACGUGCAGGGGAUCCAGGGUUCUAUGUCCCCUGCACUUGGACGAUUGUCUGCCGGAGACUCACCUGAAUACGCUGGAUAUGGUGAAGCACGGGAGUGUGUCAACUGCGGGUCUAUCUCAACACCCCUGUGGCGGAGAGACGGUACAGGACACUACCUGUGCAACGCCUGUGGACUAUACCACAAAAUGAAUGGUUCUACACGUCCUGUCGUGAAGCCACAGAGGCGCAUGGUUCCCAUGUUUCAGCCCAGUGUAUCCCGGCGAAUGGGACUGUGCUGCUCCAACUGUGGUACGACGACCACAACUCUAUGGAGGAGAAACGAAGAGGGAGAACCAGUCUGCAAUGCAUGCGGGCUCUACUACAAGCUUCACAAUGUGAAGAGGCCCCUGGCAAUGCGCAAAGAAGGGAUCCAAACGCGGAAGCGGAAGCCAAAGGGUAAAAGCCCUCAGAGUAACAAACCAGGAAUGGCUCCUGAGAACCUUUCCAUGUCUGUCAAGACAGAGAAGGAUGAUACAGGCUCGAAAAGUGCUGAAGACGAAGAAGUACCCCGUAUGAGUUCGUGCUCAUCCGUGCAGUCGCCAACAGUUAGCAACCCUUCACCGUUGAAUGUUCUUCAACUAACGGAUAAGCCUUGGGAGCAACACUACGAAGGCUUCCAACAUGGAGUUCAGGCUGAGGACCCGUGCAAGACUAUAUCUUCCCCACGAAUCGUGGGCCUGCCCUGAUCCAUGAUAAAGGCUAGAAGCACAAACAGGGUUGUACUCAUGUCCGAGCCUUGCCGUGAAAGAACUCAAAGAUAUUCAAAAGGACUGCUUUCAGGAUUUGUGGGCAACGUGCAUUGUCUUAAGCUUAAGUGCGACUUCUCAAAUGAGAUACGUGAAUGCGAGGUGAUACUGGAACAAACUCGGGGCGGCACCUUUUCAUGUGAUGUGUGAAAAAACAAAAAACAAAUCUGCUUACAGGUGCUUGUGCCGGAAGACGGUGUUGGUAGAACUCUUAGGUGAGGAGUCAAGGUUUCCAGCGGUUUGUCUCAUGCACAAAUGAAUGUGCUGAUCUGUAAUAUGCUGAUGCUGAAGUGUAAAUCCGAUUUUCGUAUAACAUAUAUGUUUAAGAUGCUGGGAUAUCAUUAUCUCAAAACAUGCAGACAUAUCCUUUAAUAAUUUAUGAUGCGAUCAGGAAGACGCCUGAAAUGUUAUGGAUGGAGAACUUUCGGAAAGCAAUAUAGGCCGAACCCCCUCUAACGGAAGAAAGGAGGACACUCUUGUCCGGGACCAUUGAUCUUUGGUUGACGCGAUCCGAACCAUCCAAGGGCUCUUUGUCCACGGUUAAUUGAAGGUCUUCACACUGCAGUGCUUUUCUGAAUGAGUUUUUCCGCCUUCUCUUCAGCAUGGGCAUCUCAUGCCCUAAGGAUUCCUUGGAAUGUGCCUAGUGCCGAUAGAUGUUGUGAUACGUUGUUGAAGCAUACGAUUCAUAGUACAACGAUCGGAAAGUAAAGGGAGCGCAUUCGA